UAAAUCCAAGUUAUUAUGUCCAAUUUUUAUGCGUAUUCAUGUCCAUUUCAUAUAAUUUUAUAAUGAUUUUUUAUUACAAUAGUUUGCGUGUAAAAGUCCAAAUCUAUAGCUCAUUUAAUUCUCGAGAUAUCCUGCAAACAGGUAGAAAAGAAGAUAGUAAUACAUAAAAGAAGGUGACACGAAAAUAAUUUUUGCAGAAAUGAAAUAUCACGAAACAUUUAAAGUGUAAAUUUGAAACCUUUCUUGAAUUAUCUUGCCACAUAACAAAUAAGGUUUUUGUUCAUUAGGUAAGCUGUGCUGUUUUGUUCAUCAGUGUUUAAAUAAUGAAGAAUACACAUCCAAUCACUAUAAAGUGGGGUUGUGUGUUGGGAUAAUUAGGGUAAAUGUGUUAAUAUGAUAUAUGCUUGAAUCCCUUAGGGGUGUAUUGAGUUUGUUUACAAAUUUAUUAAUUCCGCUAUUUUCUCGUUGCCUUCAUAAUUACCAUUAGUCCAAUGUAAAAAUGCUCUCUAACGCUCAGCUGAAUCCUACGGAUUGACAUUCAUCACCACCGAACUCGGUUUUCUCAUAGGGAACUCAUAUAGAAAUAAGCUUUGUGGAUAUUUUUGAUUCUAUAACUCAGAUUGUUUUCGAAGUAUUGUGCGAUCUGACAGAUAGAUAGAUAGACUGAAAUUAAUUUUUUUACGAGUGAUAGGCUUCGGUUAAGCUUAGCUGAUAAUCACAUACAAAGGAAACAUACAAUUUUGGAAAUACUUCUAUUUAGUAACAAUUUAUAUAUUUUACAACUGCUAAAAUGUCUUCUCUGCAAGAAUACAGAGCUAACAUUAUUUUUAAUUUGUGACGUUAUUAAGUCAGUCAUGAACGAGUGUUGAGAGCAAGAACAUUUUUAAGCUACAAUGAUGUACAAACUGACAUUAGAACUAUUGAUUCAUAUUUAAUUUGUUAGUUUCUGGCGACAGCCACACAUUAGCCUAUCUUUAUUUCCGCCGUGUUGGAAGGGAUAAUUCUAUCUUUAAUGUAAAAAGCGGUGAAAACGAUUAUGAGUAAUAAGUUAAUAUAGUUCAAUCAAAAUGAAACAUACAGGACUGGUGGAAAACAGCACUUUAUAAUAUCUAAAAGGACACUUGUGCCAAAUAAUUGGUUUUAUUUAACGCCAACCGAUUUCAGAGCUAUCAUCCUUGUACAUAGCACUGCAAUAAAUUGAAACUAGGAGAAAUUAAAUAUGCUAAUGACUUUUUUAAGGGGAAACCUUCAAAGGAAUCCGAUUCGGACGAAUGAGUAAAUAAAUACUCUCAUGCAACAGUGGGAGUAACAUCCACCGCAACUACGGACAACGCCAGUUUCAUAUUCGAAUGCCCGAUAGCGGUCGGUACAUCGUAACUUCUUAAUCCUAUCAGAUGAAUGAACUCAAUAAGAUGGUGAUUUAGAAGUCGAGAACCCUCUGGUGUAGAACCAUCUCCUUUCAUGCCACCGCUCGCAACUCCAUGAGGGUCAACAAGAUUAGUCGUCCUUGAAAUAUCACAAGACUUACGCAGGUCGUAAGUAUGAUAAAAAACUUCAUUGUAUUUCCAUACUGAGUGAUACAGAUACAAGGUCCAUACAGGUCUACCUAAGGCUGAAGAGAUUUGAUGUCUGCUGCAGACAACCAGUUAAACUACUGCUAUACAAUAUCUGUCUAGCUAUAAUACAUGACUACUUGCUGUUAAAAACUUUGUUGCGGCUAUACUGUAUAUUGACUGAGCGUGAUUAGUGUUUUUAAGCCUGUCGCUGUAUGCAACUAUAGUAUUGAACCUUUUUAAUACAAUUUGUAUACAUAUGAAUUGUUUAGUUAAAAAUAUUUCCUUCAGUAUUGACACUAUAGUGCAUUCUAUAGUAAAUAGUUUACUAAUUAUGAAACAUGUUGUGUAAUUGGAUGUUGUUGUCAUGGUACUAAAACAAAGAUCUGUCUCUGUUCCUAAUCGAUACCUUGUAAUGAGCUACUACGUCCCGUAAUCAAACGGUUGCCCAUUAACACCUAUGGAUAAUUGAUGCUAAUCGACAGAUGUCGAACGUGUUGUGCGUUAUUACCACCUGCAGCGGUUUCAAUCAGGGGUAAUUCGUGUUGUGCGGGUGGCCACCCCGGUUGCGCCGUGGGUGGGGGGGAGCGGGAGCUGAUUUCACACCUCAGUCGGCUUCCGGCGCUCGAUGAAACAACAUCAUCACGACCUUGAGACGGGAUAACCUAAAACUGUGCUUGUAGGCGGCGACUAAAUUCUAAAAUCAAUUUGAGUUUUUGCUACAACAUCAAUGUUGUUAUUUAUGACAUGAUUGUACUCGGCAGUCUUAUAAUGUAAAUAAUGGUCCAUAAUGUGUUCAGUGUGACUUUUUAAAGUGAGCAGUGAGUUUUUCUUAGUGAUGGAUCAUGAGAGUGAAGAGAUUACCAAAUAAGAAGAUUAUCCUUUAAUUGCAAUAUACAGUUUAUAUGUGUUUACAAUUUAUACCAAAAUUAGCGUUGUAUGAAUACGUGUGUGAAAAAAGAUUUUAUUGAUUAAGUUCAGAAUGUUAACUUAAAUAAUGUGUUCAGUAUGAUUUAGUUACAAGCCACCUAAAUCCUUCUGAUAAAUUGAAAAUUAAAAUAUGCAAAUGGAAAUAAUACUUGAGUGGUGGUGAUGCCGCGGGGUACAACUUACUGAUGACGUCACCGCGAGAGGUGGCUGACGACGGGGAGGGGAUGGGAACACGUGUCCAAUCACGUGACGUGUGAGGAUGCCCGGAGCGGUCACGUGUCUGUGGAUACUGACGCCACUGACUGCCUCGCUCUCAUUGGUCAUUGUAGUGGUUGCCAUGACAACAAACUGCUGGCUGGUCACCGAGGAGAGCAUGCUCAAUCCCCGCUACAACGGGACUGGGGACCGUGACUACCUGCCCAAACGUACAGUUUCAGGACUGUGGAUCAUCUGUGCCAAUAACCCUGGGGAGAACGAAAUGCACUGCACCAACAUCGAGUACUUCUCCAAGGAAGAGUAUAGUCCAGACCCGAAUGACUCCACCAUGGCUAUACCUUAUGCGGUGACGAGAUCAGCCAUUUUCUUCGUGUCCGCAAGUCUUCUGCUUCUGUGUGGAGAGUUCUGUUGUCUCUGUGGCCACCUAGCGCGCCACCGUCGCCUCCUCACCUUCGUUGCAGGAGUUAUCUUCAUCAUAUCAGGUCUUCUGAUGUUGAUCGGACUGGUAAUGUACAUAUCAGUAUUCAAAGCUGAAGUGGGCAGCAAGCUCAGACCUCGUUCCCAGCUGCAGCCUCCAAUGUUCACAUUCAGAUAUGGAUACAGCUUUCUCCUGUACGUCAGCGGGUUUAUGAGUUCAGAGGCAGCAGGAACAUGUGCUGUUCUUCUCUAUAUCUAUUGGACACAACGGGACUGGGCGAGCAAACGGCUUGAACUUUACUCCAUCAAUCACCGCAGGAAAUCCAACCCAUCUCCUCUGGAGGACCAUCAACCACCCGCCUAUCCUGGAGCCGUGUACCAGUGCAGAAGACACCCCUACUACCCCCAGCCUGUUAUAGACAACAACCACCUGGACGCCGUGUCACCAGGGGGAGCAGCUCGGAGAGUCUACUUGGACAGCGACCGAGGCAGUCCUCAGUUAAGCGUCCAUGGGGGUGUAAGCACUGUCUCGGCCGCAUACUACCCCUAUCCGUGCCCCUGGGAGGUCUCCUGCGACGUUCCCUGGGACCCCGGUCUCCCGCGAGACAUCACGGUCUCCACCACGGCCGACAUUAACUGUGACGACAUCGGUGACUUUAGUCCGCAUCCCGACUUUGUCACUUUUGACAUGGAUCCCGUCCCACCGCUAGGGACGAUCUCACGGACCCGCCAGGAUCUGGAGACUCUGAGAAGGACUACGCCCGUCUAGCCCCUGUGGUCCCUGAGAGUCCAUUGUCGGAAGACUCACAUUACAAAGUCCUUCUUGAACAUGGAAGAGGAGUUUUAGUGUGGUGUUAGUAUUAUUAGUGUUUAAGUCGCAUAAGUGUAAAAAACGUUUUAAUGAACUGAAGAUAACUGAGAGACGAAGGUUCAAAGAAAGAAAAUAAUUAAUGAUAAAUAAUAUUGGUACAAUUUGCUCACUUAUUACUACAUAAAAAACCACCUGCUGUAAUUUAUGUAAACUUUAAAAUACAUACAACUGUUAUCGGGCUCGUCCACAAGGUUAACUACAAAAUAUUAUCAUAAGUACUGAAAACUCAUCAGUUAUUGCUGGUUAUUCUAAAUAGUUUGUGAAUCAAUGUGUUCGAUAGUUCGUUUUAGGAAUUAUAUAUGAGCUUGUUGCAAGAAUUAUUUAACCACAUAACUUGAAAUAACUUGCAGCUACAAUUGACGUUAUCUUUUAUUAACCAUAUCUAAAAACUCAUGAUAAGAUGACUGAUUAUUUAUAUGUUAAUUGUUACUCUAAUAGCUAUAGUUAAAAUUGACUUAAGUUUGUAUUUAAUUGUCACCCUUGUUCCCGCACCAGCUUAGACACUCUUAAACAUGAAGUGUUACUCUUAUGAGAUUCUAACAGGUGUUUUACUAUAUUGCUGUUGUUGGUGAUAGGUUUAACUUCAGUGUAUAAUAAUUUUCUCUUUCAACUAAAUGAGGAGGGAGAAAAUUAAAAUUGUAGUUUAACAAACCACAUCUUGGGAAAUAAACUAAUGAAAGUAAAAUUAUAUACAAAAUUCCAGUGAAAUAU